UUGUCUUCAAACCCUUUCUACCUUUUUCUCUCUCCUCAUUCUAUCUCUUCCUUCACUACUUAUUUACUUCUACUACUUCACCUUCUUUCCAUCUUCAACUUCUAAGUUAGCCAGUACAACUUAUUAUCUUGAACUUCAAAAACCAAGAAAAGAAAAAAAAAAUGGGGAGAGGAAAGAUUGAGAUAAAGAGGAUAGAAAAUUCAACCAACAGACAAGUAACUUACUCCAAGAGAAGAAAUGGGCUCAUUAAGAAAGCUACUGAAAUCACUGUUCUUUGUGAUGCUAAAGUUUCUGUUGUUAUCUUUGCUAACAAUGGAAAAAUGCAUGCUUAUAAUAGCCCUUCUACAACGGUGGAAGAUAUACUAGAGAGCUACCAUGAAAUCACAAGAAAGAGGCUUUGGGAUGCAAAGCAUGAAAAUCUCAGCAACGAGAUCGACAGAAUCAAGAAAGAGAAUGAAAACUUGCAGAUUGAGCUCAGGCACUUGAAGGGAGAGGACGUUGCAUCUUUAGCUUACCCAGAACUAAUGCGGCUAGAGGAUGCUCUUCAAAAUGGUAUUGCUGGCAUACGUGACAAGCAGAUGGAAAUUUACGCGAUGCACAAAAAGAAUACCACAAUGCUUGAGGAGGAAGAGAACCAGCUCAAGCACUGUCUGCACAAGCAAGAAAUAAUGGAUGCAGAUAUACGAGAAAUGAAUGGCAGUGUUUGCAAUAAUACUGCAGAGGAGAGAGAUUACCAUUACCACCAGAUGCCUUUUGGAUUCCGAGUGCAACCAAUGCAACCAAAUCUGCAGGAAAGGAUGUAAUCAACUAAUCUUUAUAUGUGUAACCUUUAUAUGUCGCAAAAUAUUUCUAUCUGAUCUAGUGUUUUCGUGCCCAUGUGUGUGGCCCGUGUAUGUGACUAAA